AUGUCAACAGCAACAAAUUACCGGCGCGUAAUUUGCACCAGCAGGAGCGCGGGGGCGCCACCGUCGCGUCGCUGGACAGGAAGUGUCACACUCUGCUUCCGGCUCCAUUACUUAUUAUUGGCGGCUGUUUCCGAAGGCUCAGCGCUCAGUAAGCUCUUCCUCUACGACAGCGUAUGCGUAUCGCGUCAACAGACGGCGCUGCGCACGCGCCGCCUGUUGACGCGACCUUACAUAUAUUUCCCUAUAGAACCACAAUGCUGCGAACUACGCACUGCACUCCGUACUGCGGGCUACCAAACACUAGCAACCAGCAUGAAACUGAAAUGA